AUGCCACGUCUCAGCGUCCUCCCAGCCCUGCUGCUGGCCUGGACCGUGGCAAGGGCGGGGCUGCCCCAAGAUGCCACUGUGGCAGACCUGCCGCCGGCGGACGAGCUGGCGGCGCGGCCGGAGAAGCGGCCGGCGUCCGUCACCGUUACGAGAAGACGGCGCCCGGACGACCCGGAAGGCAUGACCGCGGCGCAGAUCGUCGCGGACGUGAGGAAGGCCAGCACCAGCCGCCGCCGCCUCCAGAAUGACGACGAGGGCCGCCGCCUCCAGGACAUGCUCGACCUCAAGGACACGUUCGUCGAGAACGCCGAGAAGACGCGCGAGAUCGACAGCGUCACGCCGUAUUGGGGCAGCGCGAACGGCGGCACGCGUUUGCACAUCGACGGCACGGGCUUCGCCACGGAGUUUUUUAGUGGGAAGAACAAGGUCAUGAUCGGCGACGACAACAGCGGCUGGGUGGCCUGCGACGUCGUCGAGGGCGCAUGCACCGUCGACUGCGGCGGCGAUAAACGGAUCGUCUGCGACACGCGCGCGUGGACGUCGGACACGACGGCGGGGUGGUUCGACGUCUGGGUCCAGGUCGACGACACGAUUAGCACGUACGACCUGAUCAAGACGAACUGCUACCACUUCCUGAGCUCGACGUGGAACAGCGGCGUGCCGCGCUUGACUCAUAUAUAUCCUAGACACGCUGCUGCUGGAAGCGGUAUUGCCCUGCGGGGCCAGGGACUGGGCCGAUACGUGUCCGAGUAUCGAACGAUUUAUAUAGGUGCCGGAAGACCCCCGCAGGGCGGCAAUAUACAGGUAGAGAGCGGCUUCGUCAAGGAGGAACGGCCCACACAUGCUUUGUGUCGGGCGGACGACCUGAACUUCGCCGUGAACGACAAAACCGGAGAAGUGGACUCCUUCUCCCUACCCGUGUUGGUCGAGGACGCGGUCCUCGGCCACAACUCUCCGAUCACGGAAGACGCGGUGAAUUGCUACCUCGGAGACUUCGCGUCGGGCUCCUACAACGCGUCGGCGCACAUGUCCGCGACGGACGGGCUCGACUCCAUGAGUGACGGCUCGGAUCGGUACGGCGGCCUCACGUUCGAGCGCUUCACGGACCUGUCGCGGGACGCCUUCGGGGAGGUCUACGCGUUCCAGUACUACCCGCACGUUUCACAAGUCAUGCCCACCGUCGGGUCGCUCGAGGGCGGCACUCUGAUCACUAUCAGUGGCGGCGGCUUCAGCGACGACGAGACCCAGGUCUUCGUGUCCAUUGGCGGCCGCGACUGCGAGGUGCUCCGGUCGACGCUCGUGGAGGUCGUCUGUCGGACCGGGGACUUAUCAUCCGUCGACGAAGGAUUACCGCAGGACCAUCACGUCGAGCUCGGGAGCCUGGAACCUCCCGUGACGCCGGCGCCGACGCAGGACCAUAGCUGGACCGUCACCGCAUCAAGUGCGGUGCAAGAAGAGGGCCUCUGGUCGACCGUAAGCACCUACAUGGAAGCGCCGGCCUGCGGCGUGCCGCCCUGCACGCCGUCGUGGCUCGUCCUCGCGCCGUCGGACGUCGCGCUCGACGGCUCGUACGAGGUGACGCUCACGACGCCCGGCGACGUGGCGUGCACGACGGGGGACGCCUACGUCGCGUCGCAAGCUUCUGUAUUGGUCGCCGACGCCGCGCGCGGCUACGUGCCGCUCAACGUGUCGUUGGCGGAGUCUAGCAUUGUGCUGGGCCGCUUUAGUUUCGCGGCGGGUUCGGGCGACGGGCGGCGCGGCGCGGUGAUCAUCGACACGGUCGGCGCCGACGGCUGCGUCACCAUCAUAAGCGUUUCAGCAGUACGCGUCGGCCCCAUGGCCGGCGGCGACUGUGCGGACCCGCUCGCCGCGAACUACGUCCCGGGCUCCACGUCUACAUGUGACUGCGUCUACGUCGGCGGGCGAGGCUUGCGCCAGCGCGCGUGGUCGCUCAUGGCGCCCGACUACAGGGACGGGUCCUGGCUCAAGGACGAGGACGUCCACGACGCGUACGCGACGGGCCGGUCCUGCAACGCGCCGGACAACACGUCGCAGACGAACUACUCGAGCUUCCACGGGAUCUGCAGCAACCCCCGGAACCCGAAGCUGCCGCUCAUCCCCGAGGUGGGCCUGCCCAUCGAGACGAUCGUCGCGACGCCGCCCACCGUGACGCCGCAGCCGACGACUGGGCCGACGCCGCGGCCCACCGCCGGCAGCCUGGACCCGGAUCUCCUCGACCCCAGCGGGCCUGGCGGCACGACCACGCCGCUCACGCCCGUCGCGGGCCUCCCGAGCACCUCGAUCACCAACUUGGACCCGGACACGCCGAUCCUGGCGAUGCCGGCGGGCGACACGCUCGCCGCCGGGCCCAUCACCUCGCCGCUGGUCGAGGCCUCGAUCAGCGACACGCUGACGGGCGAGGUUUUGGUCGAGCCCGUCGAAGCGAUCAACCCGCUCACGGGCGUCACGGAGACAAAGGAAGCCGCGCCGAUCCUCGUGGGCAUCGACACGAUCGAGCCCGAGCCCCUCGAGCCUCUCUCGCCCAUCUCGUCGCUCGUGUCGACGUCGUCGCUAUCGAACGACGGGCUCUCCAUGCGGCGCCGCCUGACGGAGGAAGACGACGACGGCGUCUGCCUGCCCCCCGUCAAACCGAAGACGGGGCGCAUCGAGGCGCCGGUCGUCCCCGAGGAGGCCGCGGAGGCCUUUUGCUGCCUGUCGAGCGACUGGCACGGCUGCGAGCCUACAUGGAACCUGGCGGACAAGGACGGUUUCGUGGACGUGUUAAGGCAAGACGCGAAGAUGUGCGCGCCUUUUACGGUCGACGAACUGCGGCGGUCCUGCUACUCGUGCCUCGGCUUCGACGCGCCGGGCGCGCACCAGCCGGUCUGCCACUGCUGUUCGAGAUUGGACGAGCUCGAGUUCAUGCGCACGCUCUCCGACGGUCGCUUGGAGUUGAAGCUCGAGUGGCCCGGCACGCUCCUCGAUUACAUGCACUGGCGGCAGCGCAUGAACCCCGCGCAGUUCGACCUGAAGACGCGCGCGGAGCAGUACGAUGAGAAUCUGGAUUACGAGGCCAUCCACGCGCCCUAUUUCGAAUCGAACAGUUGGGGCGGCCUCGAGUACGGCGGCACCAACUCGCUGCUGGACGGUUCCUUUAACUCCGACGAGUGGUGGUACGCCGUCGGGAGCUUCCAGGACUCCAUCCGCAGUACAACUGGAGACGAGUUCGUGGGCGACGCCACCGCAGACACCUGGGUCCGGCGGGCGACGCUCAAGGCCAAGCCAGACUACACGUACUUCCAGCCCAAGUGCAUCUCCUGCGAGGCGUGCUACGAUUCCGACGGCUACUGGCGGGGCGAGACCACGACGGAAACGUGGCAGAACACGACGGCCUGCACGCUGGGCCAGUCCUGCGCCUUCGACCGGAUCGUGAGGACGACCGUCCCGGGCUGCCCCGCCAUCUGCCGGGGCAUGCGGAUCCGCGCGUUCGAGGCGCGCGCGGCGCACCACACCCUCAUCGUCCGCGACCGCUACUCCUCGAACACGACGGCCGGCGGCAACUGCACGGGCAACUGCACCGCGGUGGACGUGAUCAACACGCACGACAUCGGCGCCGUGCCCGCGUACCGCCCGGGUGCGGGCUCCUUCGAGGGCUUCUUCGUCGCGCCGAAGGCCGCCUCUUAUGUGUUUGUGGGCGUCUGGGACGCGGCCCUCGAGCUGUCUUUAUCUUCAACGAGCGACCCGCGGCACCUCCAAGUUAUUCUAGGUGGCGCGACGCAGACGCCGCCCUCCGAUAAUGACGUCGUGGGCGGCUGGACGUUUUUCGACGGCCACUGGUACUUCGCGUCCACGGAGACGAAGAACUGGGCCGACGCCCAGGCCGCGUGCCAAGCCGAGGGCGCGACGCUCGCCGAAAUCAACUCCGAGGCCGAGCAGGACUUCUUGUAUGGCCUGUGCAGCGGCGCCAGCACCGGGCAGUGCUGGCUCGGCGGCUCUGCGCACGGAUUCGCGGGCAUGUGGCGCUGGCAGUCGACGGGGGAGCUCUUCACGGCGGGACUCGCGAACGCCGCCGCCGCCGCGCCGGGCGCCUACACGAACUGGAACAGCGGCCAGCCGGACAACGCCGGUACAGGACAGCAGUGCAUGUCCAUGUACGCCUUCGCCUCGGGCGUGUGGGACGACGCCUACUGCACCAACACGGUGCCGUACCUCUGCGAGUCGGCGCUCCACCGCGCGAAGUCGUCCGCGGUGAGUCUCGCGGCCGGCGAGGCCCGCUACUUCGAGCUGCUCCACGUGCACAACUCGUCGGUAAACGGCGGGUACCUCGGGCUGGAGCUCGAGAUCGACGGCGUGUCCACGCGCGUCGGCGGCACGCACUCGCUGUCGAUGGAGUUCUUCCGGGUGAAGACCACCGAAGCGUUACCGGUCGUCGUGAGCGUCGGCUCCGCGGAACAGCAGCUCGCGUCGGCGUCCCUCGGUUCUUACACGUACGCCAAGGAGGCGACGCCCACGAUCACGGACGUCUUCCCCCGGAAGGGUGCGGCCGGCCAGCUCAUCUCGAUCGCGGGCACGCUCUUCUCCGACGUCGUCGGCGAGGUCGAGGUCGGCAUCGGCGGCGCGACGUGCGACGUGUCCCACGUCAACCACACGGUGAUCGAGUGCACGUUACGACGCGGGGAGGCGACCGCGGGCCGCUACCCCGUCGACGUGCGCGUCGUCGGCGUCGGCUUCGCGCGGCACGUCAACAAGACGCGGAGCACGUACGAGAUCCCGCUCAAGAUCCACGACUUCGCGCCGCGCAACGGCUCGGUGCUCGGCGGCGACGUCAUCCGCAUCUGGGGCGAGGGCUUUUCGCGGCUCGGCCCCCAGAAUAAGGUGACGGUGGCCGGCGUGCCGUGCACGCCGCGCACGCUGAAGAACUUCCACUGCCGCGUCUCCCAGUACGACUCGGGCUUCGAGUGUGCUGCGACCUCCACAAAGGGCUACGAGCUCGUCUGGAACGCGCACGCGCCUUCGCGGGACCGGGCCAACUCCGAGUGGCUCGACUACUCGUCGACGACGUACAUCGAGUGCGUGCUGGACGACCUCAAAACUAAUUCAACGUUGAGCGGGCCCGUCACGGUCCAGAUGCUGCGCGAACGCGACUUGCACGACGAGGGCGCCGUCUACCAGAACUACACGGCGGCCACAAAAACACAACUGGAGCAGGCGACCCGGAACAUGGACUGCUUCGUCCUGAGGGGCUACCGCAUCUGGAACUGGGGCCUGGAGCUGCAAGACCUGCACGACGUCACCAAAUUCACGCCCGUGAAGGAUUGUAUUUUAUACGACGAGGACUACGACCAGCAGGGCACGUUCAUGAUGCAUGCGAAUUUCAGCGGGCCCAAGGCGUCGUCGUCACAAGUUUAUACGUUAGUUGAUGAGAACACGCCCGUGAUCCUCGCGAUGGACUCGUUGGGGAUGGCCGGCCAGGAGCUCACGAUACGGGGCCGGAACUUCGACGCGAAUAUACCAGAGUGGGACUACCACUGGCGCAUGGACGAGUUCGGCUUCUACACGCAGCCCGAGUCGCCCGUCGUCUACAUCGGCGGCAGCCCGACGGUGCUCACGUUCGCGAAUUCGACGGUCGUGAAGCUCCUGCCGACGUACAAUCUACACGACACGAGCUGGCCCGUGACGAUGCACGUGCGCGGCCGCGGCCUGGCGACGGGCAACCGGAGUUUUGUGUACGUCAACUACCUGUACUCGGUGUCGCCUUCACAAGGGUCGCUGGCGGGCGGCACGCGGCUCACGCUCAGAGGUUCGGGCUUCACGACGGACCACACGUUCUACUCCGACGAGGCGAGCGGGUCCGUGGACAUGGGCACGUCGCUCGCGGACUACACGAUACGACUCCCGGGCAGCGCCGAGGCGAUCGAGUGCGGCCUGCACAUGACGACGUGCAUGGAGGCCCGGGACUGUAGCCUAAAUCCGAGCACGUGCGGCUCGCUCUGCGACGUCGUGAGCGCGUCCAAGUACGAGAUCGUCUGCGACACGCGCCCCGCGAACGACGCGUCCGUCGACGCGACCAGCGUCAUCGACAUGCAGGUCGACUGGAACUACGAGCCCUUCUACUUCAAGUGCGCGUCGCAGACCUGCACGCCGCCGGGUUGCGUCCUGCCCGCGGCGAACGCGUCGGCCUGCGAGUUCUCGUACACGGCCGCCUCGACGCCGCGGCUGGUCUACGAGCCUCCGUCGUACAUUGCUGCGGGCGACGUCGUGACCUUCGCCCUUCGUCACCGGACGGAUUCACCGGUGGCCGACUUCGACUGGUUCACCGCCGGCGAGGGCCCGCGGCCACGGCCGGGCGACCUCCGACUGGGCGGGCCCGACGACCUCGCGCUGACCAUGACGGUGACUCUGGGAGAGGCGGCGUGUACGCAGAUCAAGAUCGACGAGCAGUACGACGAACUCAAGUGCCUCCUCGACGCCGACGCGGCGCCCGAGACGGACGCGAUCCCGCGCGUCUUCGUCGAGGGCUACGGCAACGCCGAAAUCCGCGACGACGACGAUAACCUGAACCCGACGGUGGACAUUUUACCAAGGGUCACGUCCUUUACUCCUACCAUGGGCUCGCUGGCGGGCGGCACGAUGCUGCAUAUUCAAGGAGCGGGCUUUGGCCCUGGCACGCUCGUCAUCCUCGGCGUCGCGACUUGCUCCGACGUCGUUGUGACGAACGCUUCCUACUUGACCUGUGUCACGGACGCCGUUGCCACGGCCUCGAAGAGCGCUUUUGUUAAAGGCACGGCGAGCGCCUACGUCGUCGAUACGAGUAUGGCGUACCAGGAGUCGAACUGCGCCCUUGGUAACUGUGUAUACACCUUCGCGGGCAACGACACGCGGUACACGCCCGUUGCCCACAAUACUUCAUCAAAGGGCGGCGCGGUCUACGCCGACCGCGAGCGGCCUUUGGUCAUACAAGGAGCCGGCUUCGCGCCCUCGGGCAAGACCGUGAAGAUCGGCGCCUGGGCGUGUCCCGUAAAGUGGGAGACGCCGUCCGAGGUGGCCUGCGACCCGCCCAAGCUCCCGGCGGGCGUGCACGUCGUCCACGUCCACGUGCCGAACAAGGGCUACGCCCUCGGCUACAAGCUGUGGUACCGGUCGCCCUUCGUCCUCGACGCGCAGACGCUCUCGGGGUCCAUCUACGGCGGUCAAAGCAUCGUGCUGACGGGCGCGGGCUUCCCGGACUGCGCCGAGCAUGCUGAUCGGUCGCUCGACACGUGUGACGAUGCUUUGAAGUAUCCGUGCGCCUGGGACGAGAAUGCGGGUACGUUGAGCUUCUCAUAUUCCGGAUCGGUCUUCGAGGCCGACGUCGUCAAGUCGGAGUACGACCGCCUCCACGCCAUUGUUAAUUUGCGAUCACUUAUCGGCGCGUCGUCGUCGACGGACUCGGGCACGCUGACGGUCGACAUCGGCGCGGGCGGCGAGGUCGACCUGUAUUCUGAGAGGUACAUUGACGUCGACGCGGACUACGAGGGCGAAUUCCCCCAGUCAAAAGCAUACGACAACGAUGACAGCAGCUAUUGGGACGUCAAGUUCCCCACGACCCAAGCGCCGCUGGUGUUCGACCUGGGCGCGGACGCCCAGGUCGAAGUAAUCGACGAAAGCGAGUGCCCCGCGGACCCGGAUCUGGCGACCUGCGACGACGUAGCAAUAGGCGAGCUCUGCGAGGGCGACGGGGAGUGGGGCACAACGAACAGUCUGAACAACUGUGGCGACUACGAAGUCUUACGGCGCGUCGCCGGCACCCCCAAGGCCGUGCGGAGCUACACGACGGCCACGUCGGCGUCGAACUGCGCGGGCUGGACCUUCGCCGGGAGCGAGGACGGCGUCGUCUGGGACGACCUCGACUCAUACGCCCGCGCGCCGAACGGUGUGACCGAGGCACUGAACAUGACCAGUGGUGAGAUAGAAAACGCGACGGUCUGCCUCCCGGCGGACCGCACGGGCAACGGCGCCGCGCAGACCGUGACGCGGACCAUCGAGGGGGGCCUCUACCGCUACUACCGCUGGCUCUUCGACGCGGGGGACAUCCUGGCGGUGCAGCCGACGUCGCUCGACGACGGCUACUUCCUGCAAGUGCACGACGUGAGCAUGGCGACGGAGUCGUUUUCCGGCGGCGUGACGCACGAGCGCAAGUCGUCGUCGACGCCCGAGGUCACGUCCAUAGUCCAGGACGCGCCGGGCCGCUUCCGGUCCAUCGUCGACAUUCGGGGCACGAGCUUCGGGGGCGCCACGGGCGUCGGCGUCACCGUCGGCGGCCUGCCCUGCCCCGUCAUGACGGCGAACGACACGCGCAUCACCUGCGCGUCGCCGAACGCGUCCGCGGGCACGCACGCCGUCGUCGUCACGGCGCCGUCGGGCAUCGCGGGCCCGGCCAAGCCGCUCGCCUACGAGGUCGGCCUCUACGCGGACAACCGGACGCGCGCGACGCCGGAGCGCGGCUCCCUCGCCGGCGGCACCUACAUCACCAUGGUCGGCGACGGCUUCGCCGAGGCGCUGGACGACAACAAAGUUACUAUCGCCGGCGCCGACUGCGAGGUCGUCGAGUUCUUCGAGGACUUCCACGAGUCGCUCCAGCCGACGGCCUACCCGUCGGUGCCGCCGACGCCCGCGCCGACGAUGCUGCCGUCGCACUCGACGCUGCCGACGCCCGCGCCGUCGUUCGCGCCGACGGCGGUGCCUUCGUCCAUGCCUUCGUCGACCCCGUCGACGGUGCCGACGGCGCUGCCGUCCGCGCUGCCGACGCCGGCGCCCUCGCGGCUGCCGUCGGCGGCGCCGUCGUUCGUCCCCACGGCCGUGCCGACGGCCGAGCCCACGCUCCCGCCGUCGGCCUCGCCGACGUACACCACCGUGGCGCCCUCGCCGACGCCGACGACCGCUUUGCCGUCUGCGGAGCCAACGUCGGCGCCAACGCCUUCGCCGACCUACAACACCGACUUCCCCUCCCCGUCGCCGACGACCGGCGCCCCGACGGCGGUGCCCACCGCCGCUCCGUCGCCGACGCCCACGCUACUCACCGAGCAUCCGACGCCGGAGCCGACGCUCCUGACGAUGAGCCCCUCGGCCGCGCCGACGAGCAAGCCGACGAGCGCGCCGGCGCCCGCACCGACCAUCCCGGCGCCGUCCGCCUCGCCCACCUUCGCGACGGAGCUGCCGACGCCGCUGUCGUGGCCGCCGACGCCUCUCCCGUCGUCAGGCCCGUCCUCGCUGCCUUCGUCAGCCCCCACAACGCCGCCGACCGCGGCGCCGAGUUCCGUCCCCUUGCCGCUCCCUUCGGCAACCCCCACGUCGGAACCGACGCUCGUCCCAGCACCGGCGCCGACGCCGCGGCCGGUCGCGCUUUCGCCGACGCGCGUGCCGACGGCAGCGCCGAGUCGCGUGCCCACGGCGGCGCCGAGCGGCGCGCCCACCACCUUCGACGCGUCGCGCCGGCCGACCUACGUGCCCACGGCCCUGCCUUCCGGGAGACCGAGCGUGCCGCCGACGUCAAUCCCCUCGUCGACGCCGACGUCGCCCGCGCCGACGCCCAAGGCCACGGACUUCACGGGCUUCAACUACCGGUCGACGCUCACGUGCGUCACGGGGCCGCUGCCCGCGAACGCGACGUACGCCGGGGGCGUCUCGGCGCGGCCGCGCGUCCGGACGCGCCUGCGCACCGGCACGACCCUCGUCGUGCGCACGGGCACGUCCGGCUUCGUGGCCACUCAGUCCGAGGCCGGCUGCCGCUUCCGCGACGACCUGUGGUCGACGGCCUACCGCAUCUUCAUCGGCUUCUAUAACGCGAAGACGCGCUCGCUCGAGGACUACUACGACAAAAACCACCUGACCGUGGAGAACGCGGACGGCGCCGCGGACUUCAUCGAGAGCUACGAGGCGCGCGACGACCUGAUCCUCGUCGUCUUUACGACGUACCGGUACGAAUACCUCGAGUGGGAGCCGCGGCUCCCGGCGGCGCUGAAGCGCUGCGGCGCCACGUCCGCGCUGCACAAGUUGACCGCUGAUCGUACGACUAGUAUUAACGGCCACUACAUCCUCGUGAGCCAGUGCGGCAAGGGCGUCGCGUGGGCGUCGCAGCACGGCCUCGAGGCGUCGGCGACGGACACGAACACGGCCCUGGAGAUGGAAGUCGACAUUGACUCAAAGUUCGAGCUCUACAACGGCGACGCCCACGCGCGGUUCAACUUCACGUACGCGCCCGAGCUGACGCCGACAUUACAGAGCGUCUCGCGGCUGAACGGCACGACGGCCGGCGGCACGACUCUGAGAUUGAACGUCACGGGCAUCCGCAAGGGCCUCGCGACGGUCGAGAACACGACCGUGACGCUGGGCGGCGUACCUUGCGCGAUACAACUGUCAGAUGUAGCCACGUACCGCGACCAGCACCUCUGCGACUGGGACGGCGUGAACUGUGAUAACCUCGGAAUAGCCUUCCACAACGAAACAAACACGACGAUGAUCACGUGCCUCACGAACGCCUGGGAUUAUUCCGGUGACGCGCGCGAGGCGGAGAUUCUCGUGAGUCUGUGGCCGUGGGGCCACGCGCGGAACCCGAAUCAAAUUACCUGGGCUUAUGUCGACUUGUGGUCCUCGUUAACGACGUGGGGCGGCGUGCUGGAAAAUAAACCGCUGGAAGGCGACUCCGUGGUCAUUACCCAGGGCCAGUACAUUGUACUCGAUGAAAGUCCGCCGGCCUUGCAUUUGUUACUAGUUUAUGGUGGUGUCCUCGAGUUCUCCCGGGACGUCGGCGAUUUGGCGCUGAACGCGUCGUACAUCUUCGUGUUCGGCGGUAAAUUAGUUGUAGGGACCGAGCAAGAACCAUUUCCCAAUAAAGCUACCAUUACCUUAACGGGAGACCGGGACUCGUACGAGCUGCCGGUCUACGGCGCCAAAUGCCUCGCGGUGCGCGACGCGAUCUUGGAUUUGCAUGGAUUGCCCCAGCGGCCGUGGACCCGGCUCUCGCAGAGUGUGCACGCGUUGAACGACACCAUUUUCGUACAAGAUCCCGUCGACUGGAAGGUCGGCGACCGCAUCUUCAUCACGUCCACAAGCUUCGAUCCGAUGGAGACCGAGGAGCGGACGAUCGCGUGGACCGACGGCUACUCUAUUAAGUUAGAUCAGCGCCUCUUCUUCUUCCAUCAUGGGGAUGGGUACUUUGAUGACAGAGGUGUCGAGGUCGUGCCGGAGUACCGGGCGGAGGUCGGCCUGCUGUCGCGGAACGUCGUGGUCCAAGGCGACGACCAAUCCAAACAACAGCAGUUCGGCGGGCAGAUCGUCUUUGCGUCUUCUCAGUUAUAUGAUGACUCGAUUAUCGGGAGGUUAUCGAACAUAGAAACGCGGAACGUGGGCCAAGGGUUAAAGCUAGGCAAGUACCCGAUCCACUUCCACAUGGUCGGUAACGUCAGCAAGUCGUACGUGAAAAACUGCACGGUGCACCACGCUAAUAACAGAGCGAUCGCAAUCCACGGCGUGAACCAUUUGACGGUGUCGUGGAAUGUGGUCUUUGAUACCCGAGGUCACGCGGUCUUCAUCGAGGACGGUACCGAGGUGCGGAAUACCUUAUCCUACAACCUCGUGGCGAUGGUGCGGCCCAUCUGGUCUCUAUUAUUAGUAGACCAGUCGCCGGCGUGCUACUGGAUCGUGAACCCCGAUAAUGAUGUCUACGGCAACGUGGCCGCGGCGUCGUCGCACUACGGGUUUUGGUACCGCCAGCUCGAGAAGCCCGACGGCAUCUCGGGCCAGUCCGCGGCGGAGCAGAACGCCAAGCAGUUUCCCAUCUACACGCCUUUGGCGCGCAUGGAGGGCAACGUCGCCCACUCGACCAAAAGGCACGGCCUCAAGGUCUCAGACUACUUCCCGACGGUCGGCGGGGCCGAUACGAACACGUUUGGCGAACCGGCCACGUUCCGGGACUUCCUGGGCUGGAACAACGGGCGGUUCGGCGUCUGGGGCGAGUUUCUCGUCGACGUCAACUUCGACGGGUUGCGGGUGCUGAACCCGGGCAUCGCCGGCUUGGAGUUUUUGUACAUGAACGGCCGCGGCACGGAGUUCGCCAAGUCCACAAUAUCGAACACUUAUUUUGUGGGACGCACCAGGGAAAUCGCCACGGCGGGCCCGGGCGACAUGUGCGAGGGGCUGCAGGACGUGAACGGCGCCGUGAACCACGACGGCAACGGCUGCAUCCACGCCCUGCACUUCCCGGGAAUCGGUUCUGAGUUAAUAGUGAAGAACGCGACCUUCGUGAACUUCGAGGCGCCCUUGUGGACGUGCAGCUGGUGUGUGGGUAUUAAGGGCGGCUACGAGGUCGAUUUUGAAAACGUCACUUACACGAACGUGACGCGGCCGGCGACCUUCAAGAAGGGCUUUGGCGGGGAUAUUGCCACGUCCGGCAUCCUGAACGACCUCGACGGAUCGCUGGGGUCGGGCGCGCCGGGCGGCGUCGUUGCGCCCUACGCGGGCCACUUCGCGAACAACCCGGAUUGUGUGGUCGGCUACGACGUCUUCGACAAGGAUUUGGGGACGCCGGAGUACGUGCGGUGCACGUCCACCAUACGACGCGUGUCGUUCAGCGCGAAGUGGACCUCGGCCAAGACCAACACGUUGCGACUGUACAAGUUCCCCCACAUUCGAAUUGUCGACGUCACGGACUGGAAACCGUCCACGAACUACCGGAGCUUCUGGGACGAUUUACCGUAUUGGCACGUCCAGAGCGGCGACCAGUCGUGCGUCGAGCAGGCGCCCCAGGGCAAGUACCUGUUUUUACUCGCGACGGGGCGGGAAUACGCGUUGAUCUUUCGGGACCAGCUCGGCAUCCCCGUCACGGCCAAGGGCGAGAUCUACGCGGCGAAGAUGAAGCCCACCGAAAGGAUCGUGAUCCACCUCAACCAGAAGGCGCCCUUCCAGGCGGCCCACAGGUACGGGGAGGUCACGCAGAAAAGCAUGUCGCGGUGGGGCGAGAACACGGUCAACAUCGGCUGGGAGCCGGCGCCGCCGGCCGUGCCCGGCUACAGUAUUGGCAGUGCGGAUUCGCAGCCGUGCUCCUUGAAUGAAUUUUCGCGGUGUGGAAGUGAUAGUCUGCAUCAGAUGCCCCAAGUAACAAAGGCGAUCGAUGUCCAUACCGAGAACCUGGAGCAGGUCGCCGGCGCGCGGGAAACGCGCGGCGCGUGGUUACGAGAUGCGUCUGGAGUUAUUUCCGGAGGCGUCUGUGACAGUUCCGGGACGUAUCUCGAAGGCAGCCAGCUGGCCUUCUGCGAGCUCACCUCCUCCAACUAUGAAGAGUUAAGAUGGCGCCACGGUUUUGAUGGAGACUUUGGGGUCUUUCGGUUCUUCGAGGCGAGGGACGGCUGGGGCACGGCCUGGAACCCCGGCGCGCCGAACGGCACCAUGACUAUCAGUAAUAUCAUCGCCCCGAUGUACUGCUGGGACAUCGAGCACGACGUGAGUGGCGAAAGGUUGAGUGACGACGAGGCGUCGGCUAUAGAAUUGAGGUGGUGCGAGGAGAAGGACGAGACGGGCUACCAGGACUGGGAGUGGGUCUCGACGCCAAGCGGAGGCAAGCUGCGGAACGCCGUCCUACAGAAGUGCGCCGGCCUCGUCGACGACUGUGCGGCGCGGGCCGUCGGCGCCGACGAGUGCCCGUCCUCUACUCCCUCGUAUAACUGCGCCAACACUGCCACCGGCGGGCUCUGCGAGGGCGACGGCGAAUGCGGGACGGACGAGGGUCUGGACAACUGCGGCUCAGACGACGUCUACAGAGCUUUACAAAAGCCGCUGGUUCUAGUGGAUUGCGCGGACGCUUUGCUGUUCGAGAGCAGCUGGCUCAACGUCACGAAGCUCGACCAGGCGCGGCACGGCCUCUUCCACUUCGACCGGAACCAGGGGCCGCCGGGCUACGAGCCCGACGGCGUGACCUGGACGAACGAGACCGAGGGCGCCUGGGACUGGUGGUACCCCGUGGGCUUGAUUCCUUAUGAUGUGACGAACAUCAGUACCAUGUCCUUCCUCAUGGCCGGCAACUCGACGUUAGAAAUCGAGACGUCGCUCUGCGGGCCGGAGGGCUGCCCCAUGACGCUGCCCGUGUGCCGCAGCUGCGGCACGCGCAGCUUCAAGUGGACCACGGGCGAUUCUGAUCAGGACUUCGCGAACUGGAACGUGACGAACGACCCGAGCAUAGACGUGCCCAGCGACUACUGGGAGGGCACCAUCUGGGACGACUGGACCGUGACGGUCGACCAGGACACGCCCGUUGUCAACCGCUUGGUGGUGCGCGGCACGCUGAUUUUUGAAUAUGACGCGGGGCGCGACGUCACGCUCCACGCGCACUACAUCACGGUGGACGGCGGCCGCAUCGUCAUGGGCAACGCCUCGCACCCCAUAAACAACGAGACGACGGCGACCGUCGCGCUGCACGGGGACAAGUAUCUUACUACAAAAAAGAUCAAUGGGGAGUGGGCGAAGGUGUACAACUUCAAGCGCCUCGACCUGAACGGGAAUUUAACGAUGUACGGCCGGCCGACGGUCGCGACGUGGCGAAAGCUGGGCGCCCACGCGUUCGUGGGCCAGAAGCAUCUCAACUUAAGUGAUUCAAUUGAUUGGGACGUCGGCGACGAGGUGCUCCUCUCGUCGUCAAAGCACCACGGCGGCGCCGGCCACGGCGACGCGUCGAGCCCGGCCAAGGUCUACGCGUCGCAUAUCAUACGGGACGUAUCAAAGGACGGGCGGACUCUGUAUCUUGACACCGCGCUCACCCAAGAUUAUGUGGGAGAAGUCGUGAUGGUUGACGCCGGUGUUGAGAAUGGCACCUCCAUCUCAAAAGCGGUGGACGUGCGCGCCGUGGUCACGCUACGACGAUGGAACGUGCGCAUUCUGGGAGCGGACACGACUAAAUAUGAUCGCGUCGCGGGAUUAACGUCGUGGCAGACGGGCUGGGGCGCCAGCGUCCGCGCGCUGGAUGCUAGAGUCGCCGCGAAGCCCGGCUGGUCCGCGUACAUGCCUAUGUAUGACGAGAUGGGCACAGAACAACUCCCAACGGGCCACAUCACGAUAAAACACGGCGCGCGCUUCGAAAGGUGCGGCAAGGGCUUCAAGGAGGGCGUCCCGGAGGACAUGGCGUCGUGGGACGGCGUCGCCGCGAUCCCCUGCCUGAUUUAUAGUCAGGAGCAGGAGCACGUCGACUUCGUGGGCGUGCACGCGGUCACGCCCUUCGACGGCGCCUCGAAGAAGGAGUGGGUGAACUUUUUGGGCGAGGGCCCGCCGCCCUCAACUUCUACAUUGACGGGCACGCUCACCUUCCGGUGGAACGUCUUCGUCGGGGAGAACUUCGCGUUCGCGGGCGGGCACACGGUAGAGGACAACGUGUUUUUGGGCGGGGCGGAGUCCGACCGGGACAACGGCUCGGGCUGCCCCAUCGGGUUGUGUCCGGGGGCCUACCUCGUGCGGCUCGUUGGUAAUGAUGAUGGCCAACUGUCUUACCAGAGGAACUACGCCCAGGGCGCCAUGUGGGCCGCCGUCGCCAUCUUCGGCCGCAAAUGUUCGGGGUUCAGCGCAUUCGACGACAACGUGGCCGUCGGGUCGUGGAUUGGGUAUCGGAUCCAGGACGGGGGCUGCAACUCGCUCGACUUAAGGGCCCACCGUAAUAGUGUAGGCCUCGCCGUCGACUCGGAUGAAGUGAGCAAUUUCAUUGGAGCGGAGAACGGUAUUGGCUUGGCGCCGAUCGCGACGCCCUGGCAGAUGGGCUCCCACAAGGCGGACGGCGGCAUGGAUUUCUUUGACUUGCAUGCGGACCUGUGGGUGGUCAAGGAUUCGAUCUUCGUGGGCGUCUUGCUCGACCUCCAGAAGGCCGGGUUCACAGAUGAUUGCGUCGACUGGACGGGAGUGCAGAUGUCCUUCGACGAAGUAUUUGCUUAUUUCCGGGACUGGGACUACCUCGGGAUCGCGCGGGGCGGCUACGGGGGCGAACAGGGGGCGCGCCUCCAAUAUGGCGUCGCGCUGCCGGACGCGAAGCUUGACGUCUACGACUGUCGAUUCGUCGCGUAUAGCUCGCCGAAGGAUUCGUGUGUGACGACAUGGACCAAGAACCAGGUGCCAACCGGUUCGAAGAGGCAGGGCGUCGCCUUCGGGAACGAGGCGGCCGCCUUAGGCCAUGGGUCGGGAGAAGCGUGCCUGGCGCUGGGCAACGCGCAGUGCUUCCCCCUGCAUACGAAAUCAUUAACCUGGGUCGACACGCCCGACGACGGGCGCAUGGCCUUCUCGCCGGGCACGGGCGGCAAGUCGGGCCUCGAGAAGGACCAGGACUUUGGAGCGUGCACGCACUUCGACGAGGACGGGUCGUUGUAUGAUACGAGCGAUGGCUCGGUGCUGUACAAGGCCGACGUCGCCAGGACCUGGCCGGAGGACAUUUUGGAGGACUGCCAGGCCUACUCCAUAAAUUAUGAUGAUGACACGGCCUUCAGCAAGUGCCCGUGGUUCAUUCGAGCCAACGAUUAUCUACUGGACGCUGCCAAUGAUGCAUCUCGAAGAGGCUAUGCGACACAUAGCCAAGCGUUGGACCUCGACGUGGGCAGGUGCUCUUGGUCGAUCCCCGACCCCGAUGCUUCGCCCUUGCCACCACCUAGAUCAGGCUCGCGGCCGUGCUCGGAUUCGUCGGACUGCUGGAAGAAGAAGUGGGGCUGCGACCAGGCUAAUGCGGUGUGCGAGUGCGUGCAGGACCCCUGCCAGCCGCUGCACAACGUGUCUGCGAAUAGAAGAGUGCAGACCUGCACCAAAGACUUUGUCACCCUCAAGUUCACGAACCCGCUCAAGAUCACGUCGGGCAGCGAAGUUUUGUUCGCCCCCGCGGCGAUCUCCACCGUCAGAAGAGAAACCAUGUGCUCGGAAGCGUACUUCCAGGACGAUACGGUCGUAGCAGUAUUACCAAACUACCCCGUCGACUCGGAGAAGGCCCAGUUUUUAGAAAGGUGGCCGUCGCCGUACGUGUUUAGCGUGCCGAACGGUGGUAUUUAUCACAUCGACUAUACGGGCGAUGUGACCGCCUUCUCCGCGGAAGGAGAUUAUGGCUUCCAGUUGCUAGGUACGGGCUCGCGAGCCCCGGUCGGCGAUACGGACUUCGCGAUUAUCGUCACGGUCAAGUUUUUACAACCGUGCAAGUUGCUCUUCUACGUGAAUGGCAGGAAGGUCAAUGGAGGAGUAAGACGCACAGAUGUAACUCUGGCUAGAGAGAACGGCUUCGGGUUCCAGCACGCCACAACCAAGAUAGCGGCCGUGGUCCUCAAAGGGAGUGAAGAAGUAAGAAUGCAGGCUCUGCAGGUCGUGCAGGUCUCAUUAGCGAUCGCCGUCGACUUCGACGCGUUCUUCGCCGAUAACUUGAUUGAUCCCGCGGCGAUCGACAACGAAUUUGCGGAUCUCGUGCCGCCGGACUACGCGGCGGACUACGACCCGAAUGGUGGCAAUAUCGUCAAGCAGGAUCCCUUCGUGCGGAAUCUGGCGUCGGUGCUCAUGAUCGACCCGGCUCGGAUCAAGGUGACGAACAUCGUGCCGGGCAACAGACGGAGGCUACGGGAGGGGCGCCGCCUGCUGGAAGAUGAUGGGUUGGAGGUCGAGUGGCAGCUCCAGGAGAUCGACUUAUGUGAUGGUUCAGAAGAGUGCAACUACGGCAUGUGCGCGCCGGCCACGGGAUUGUGUGUAUGCACGGGGAAUUACGGAGGACCCUUCUGCAACGUUACUGGAGGGAGACGGUUGCAGGAAACCUCGAAUAGUACGAACUCGUCCACCUCGAACUUCGACGAGCUCAUGAAUGCCGUGAGUACGCUAGAGGAGAAGGCCGACGCCGGGCAGUUGGAUGUGGGCGUGCCUGUUCUAGGUAUGCUCGUCACGAAGCCCUUGGAUAUUUGUGGCGUUGAGGGCGGCAACGGCACGUCUUGUCUCGAUGCGUGUGGUGUCGCGAAUGGCGACGGCACGUCGUGCGUCGACACGCCGGCGCCGACAAUGGCACCGCCUUCCGACUUCACGGAAUGUGGUAUUGCCUCAUCUACUACCGGUUCUGGAGAGAAGCAGGAAGUCUGGCUGAAAUCAACAGAUUUGGACACGUCCACCUCCUCGGGCUUCAAGGGCACCUUCACGUUGUCUUUUGGCGGCGCCACCACAUCCCCCUUGGCCGUCUUCGCUACGGCGGCCGACAUCGAGCAGGCCCUGAAGGAUUUGGAUACGGUCCGAGACGAAGGCGUCACGGUCCGCGGUCUGUUGGUCAAUGACACGGCGGCGGCGUUCUCCCAGACUCAGCAACUAGCAGCGACCCAGCUCCGCUUCGGCGUCGAGUUUCCCUCUUCGAUCUUGAAGGGCGAGGCCGUGCAGAAUGUGGGUGAUUUGCCUCUGGUAAGUGUUGAUUUUUCAUCAUUGACGGGCGACUUCGACAAUACAACAUCAACAAUUACGGAGACGUGCGCCGGUUCUUAUAGAACCGGCUACGCCUACGCCGAGCAGACUAUCGAGCUGACUUCGAGCACGGCCUUAGCUGAUUUGGAUGGCUCGUUCCGGCUCGCACUCAAAGGCAACAACUCGUGCGGCAACGGCACGUCUCUUGCUAUCUCGGCGACCGCGACGGCGGCCCAAGUGGCGGCCGCUCUGACGGACGGUCUAGGAGAGGGUCUGUUCCAGGGCGUCCUUGGUGAUGGUCGCGUCGAGGCCUGGGCGACGGCGCCGGGCGCCUGGACCGUGCGCCUCUACACCCUUGAUGGCGAGGACCUCACGGGCUGCUCCGGCCAGGGCGCCUUCGACGCCUUUGUACCAAUCCUAAACUUCGCUCAGUCAGCGACCAUUGCUGUCAGCGUCGUGGAAAAGGGCCGCGUGCCCGCUUCUGCAAUGCCCGUCGACCUCGCCCAGGUGGCCGCCGAGGCCGCCGCCGCCGCCGCGACGACCGCAGAACCCAAGGUCAUGGAGGCCGUCAAGCCAUUGGUUGUCGUCUGCGGCGACGGCAUCUACCUGACCGCCGAGGAUUGUGAUGAUGGGAAUCGUAUCAGUGGCGACGGCUGCUCGGCGAAUUGUACGGUGGAAAGCGGCUUCGUGUGCACGAAGCCCGUAUCUCGAACGUCCGUUUGUACCUUACCUCAGAAGGCGACGAUCCAGUUCAAGGACACUUCCUCGCGAGUUGUGAGAGAGGGCAACGCCACUUCUAUAGUAAUCGAGCGCAUCGGCGACAACACGACCUCGUGUAAUGUCGAUUACUCGACAAUGGACUCGACGGCUCGACAUUUACCACGGGAGAACUCGAACUACGUGGCCGGCGGUUUGGCCGCCGAAGCCGGCGAUUUCAAAUGGGCCAACGGCACUUUAGCUUUUGGCAGUGGUGAGGUCACUAAAACAGUGACGCUGGAAGCGUUGGAAGAUCAAACCUUCGACGGGGACAUCAACGAGGUCUUCCUGUUGCGACUGUCUUCUACGACCUGCGAAGGGGGCUUCGUCGGCGAAGCCGUUGCUUUGGACGUGUACGUCUACAUCGUCGACAGCGACGUGGCGCCCUCGGCAAUGCCCACGCCGUUACCCUCGGCGAUGCCUACCACGGCGCAACCGUCCGCGGUGCCUACCUUAUAUCCCUCGGUCGUGUGUCCUGGCGGCGAAUACCUCUUCCGCCUCUGGGCUGAAGCGGCGGCGGCGUGGACCGUUCACCAGUCGAGUACUUUGGUCAAGUCUGGCACCUUGACGGAAGCGGCGGUGGACUUCCGGGACUGGGUCUGCCUUGCCGACGGGUCCUACGACGUCGAAGUGACGGGGCUGGACAGCGAGGCCCACUGGCGCCUGGACGACGUGCGGGGCAACUCGGCCGUCUCCAAGGGCCCCCAAUCAUUGCAGCUUACCUCGACGAACGGCGACCUCGGCGGCUUCCCUACGUUUAAACCUACUUUAUCGAAGCAGCCGACGGCCGUGCCCACGGCGGCGCCCUCAUCAUUACCUUCCUCGAGGCCGUCCUACAUCCCCACGCCCGUGCCUACUACCGCGGUGCCGACAUCGGCACCCUCACAGUUGCCGACACCUAUGCCAUCAACGGCCGUACCGUCGAAGGUCCCCGUGCCGCGACCGACGCACGUCCCGACGGCCUUCCCGAGCUGGGACAACUGCGACCGUUUUUUGCGGCGUCCCUUUGUGACUUCGGCUGAUCCCUCUACGCCGUCAACGCGCGGUCGACGCCGUCUCGCAGUCUCGACGCGCCGACGCCGUCUCCCAUACCACGCCAUCGACGCGCCGUCGUCCGAGCUGCGCCCCCGCCGCGCCGUCGCCGCGCCUCGACGUUCCGACCAACGCAGGUAUUAAUGAAGACGGCGAGAUCGACCGGUCCACGUUAUACAGAUACGACGCGUCGGUAGCUGGUGUCGCCUACACGGUGCAGGAGGCCGUCGUGAGCGGUGCGUCUUAUGUAAGAGGCGAGGUCCUUUACACAAGAACCACAAAUGAUGGGGGCCUGGCGUCAAAGGGCCACUUCUGCCUCGAGGACGGCUGCUACUACCUCGACCUUUCCGGAGAGACGGUCGUCAGGCUGCGGUCGGCCACCGACGACGGCCCCAAGUUCUCCGGUGCCGGGUCCUACUUCUUCUGCGUCGAGGACGGCGUCUACGACCGCUACCCGUCAGCUGCGCCGACGAUAUCGGCCGUUCCUACCACGGCAAGACCCUCACAAGUGCCCAUCCCGCAGCCGACGGCAAAACCCUCCGGGGUGCCAAUCCCGGCACCGACAACCAAGCACGCUCCCACAAUAGCGCCGACGACGACGGAUCUAGCGCUCAAGAUCUCGUCGAGCGUCGACAUGGCGUCUUCCGACACCGCGGCCCAAGUGCUCGCGUCGGAAGAUAAACAAAUGGUGCUGAAGGAGGGCCUCGCGGCCUGCUCGGAAUAUACGAGAGCGGACAUGAUCACGCUCACUUCCGUGACUCAAGCGUCGUCGCGAAGACGAAGGCUGUCGACCAACAACCUGGUCGUGGCCUUCGACAUUAUUGUGGUCGCGGAGGCCUACGGGUUCGACGAGUCGACGGUGCAGCAACUCUACGAUCUCGUCGCGACCAAUCUAACGCAGCACAUUAAUCAGGGUGGGUUUAACGAUGCUAUUGUGGAGGCUGCCACAGAUCUAGGAGUCACUAUGACAGUCACGGCGGACCCGCAAACUGUAAACGUGGCCUACGUCACGGUCACGAUACCCACACCGGACUGGUUCACCGGGACACCUACCGCUGAUCCUACGGCCGCGCCCUCCAUCUCACCAAAACCUACACAUAUGCCAACAACAGCAUCUCCAACAAAAGAGCCGGAGGACCUGUACUGGGGCAUGGGCUUCUGGGGGUUUCUGGUGGUCUGCGUGCUGAUAGGGUUCACGUCGGCCUUUUUGGUAGUGUAUGGCAUUGGCAAACUGAUCAUGUACAUGAAGUGGCACCACCACCUCUUCCACCCGAACAAGGCGGCGCGCGUCGCGGACGCGUCGCAGCUCACGACGGAGGAACUCGAGGCCACUCUCAGAGAAAGGGGUCUCCAGGAGGCCGCGGACGCCUUCGCCGCGGCCACGCGUAAGCGCGACGAGCCGGCGGGGCCGUUACCUCCUAGGAUGAUGGCCCAUGCGAGGACUUGGGCCGAGCGCCAUCGUCGAGGACGGUUGCCGCCAGUACACCCCGUGUCGACGGACGACGAGGAGCGGCCCGCGCCGACCUUGCGGCCGUCGACGCCCGCCGAUUUACAAAAUUUGAGCGAGGACGAGGUCGCUGGAUUGCUGAGACAAACAGCUGGUCAACGGGGCUUACGACGGUUGCGGGCCGCCGGGCAUACGGUAAGAGCCCAGCUCCCGCCGAUGCCCGAGCGCAAUCUGGUCUCGGGCGGGCGUCCUUCCAGAAACCGCGAGCGCGCGACGGCGAACCUCGCCAAGUUGAGAGGCGCGGCCCGGGCGACGGCCGCCUUCGCUAGAGCGGGAGGCGAGUCGUCCGGAGCUGAUGAUGAACUCGAAUCUCCCGGAGCGAAGAUGUACCGCCGGUCGGUGGCCCAAGCUGACGAUUUAGGGCACAUGUCCAUCUCCCAGUUGAAACGCGUGGCGCGCGAGCGCAGGGUGGAUGUUAGUGGUUGUCUGGACAAGGCGGACUUCAUCCAGGCUUUGGACGUCCCGGAGCCUAGGACACGCUCGCCGUCAAGAGAAAGGUCGCCGGGCCGGCCGCGGCGCGUCGUGCGCCGCGGCCAGGCGCGCGACCGCACGUCGAACGUCCAGGCCAUGGUCGAGCGCACGCUGCGCAGAGCCGAAGGCUCUUAAUUCAUUACCUAUUUUCUUCCACUGAGUAAGUUUGGUGUUGAAUUGA